AUGUCUUCGGGAAAACGCAUUGUAUUCACUGGUGGUUCUGGUAAGGCUGGCAGACAUGCCAUCCCAGAGCUCAUCAAGAAGGGCCACAAGGUCCUCAAUCUGGACUUGGUCGAUUUCCCUGGGACUGAGCACAACGUCUUUACACUCAAGACCGAUCUCACCGACAGCGGUCAAGUCUACAACGCCCUCACCACCCACUACAACUUUGCUGGUUACGACGAGCCACAAGUGCCUCAGCCCCCAGAUGUGGUUAUCCACUUUGCAGCUUAUGCACGCAACAUGCUGGUUCCAGACAACGAGUGCUUCAGAGGCAAUGUAACAGCAACCUACAAUGUCAUCGAAGCUGCCUGCAAACUCGGUGUCCCCAAGAUUAUCAUCGCGAGCUCCGAGACUACCUAUGGAGUCUGCUUUUCUCAAGGUGACACCGACUACCACUCUUUCCCAUUGGAGGAAGAUUACGAUGUUGACCCAAUGGACACUUACGCGCUCACUAAGAUCGUCGGGGAGAAGACGGCAAGAACAUUCUCUCGCCGCUUCAACAACCGCGACAUCUAUGUCCUUCGCAUUGGCAACGUGAUCGAGCCCCACGAGUACGAAAGGGACUUCCCUAACAUCGUCGGUAAACCAGAGACCAGAAAGCGUAAUGCAUGGUCCUACAUUGAUGCCCGCGACCUGGGUCAGAUUUGCGAUUUGUGCAUCAAAAAGGAUGGCUUGGGCUUUGAGAUUUUCAAUGCCACUAACGAUACUAUAACAACUACGGUGCCGACUGAGGAGUACUUGAAGAAGGUGUGCCCAAACACACCUUUCACUCGCAAGAUGGGCGAGUUUGAGGCGCCCUUGAGUAAUCGUAAGAUCAGAGAGGUUCUGGGCUUCAAGGAAGAACACAACUGGCGUCAAUACUACAAGGCCGAGUAA